CUUUGGGAGAUAACGCACUACCGCGGACUAUCCCUCGUUUUGGUGAACCGGUCUCGGGUCAUACGUACUUUAUUACGGAUUUCUCACGGUUACGAUGAUAAAAUACACCACGACAGUGUCAUCCAUCCCCGAAGUAUUGCAGUGUUGUGUCUGAACAUUGGCUUGAAUACUGGAAUAACUCCUCAACCGGCCUCUGGGCCACUGGACUCAGAGAAGACAUGUUAGCGGCCAUGCUUCGCCAGAGUUCAGGUGGUGGGUCUGGAGGUGGCAGCAGCAGCAACAGCACGAGUAGUGGAGCCAAAAUUACAAUGGGAAUCUCCAGACUUUCCAGCUCCAGUCUUGGCUCCUCUGGCUCUGGAAAUGCAGGACCAUAUGUAUCAGGAAGAGGGAACAAGAUUGGGUCAGUUGGUUCAGACAGUCCAGAUGGUGCUCCUGUGUCUGACCCUCACUACAUCAUGCAGUUGGUUAGCGAUGUGCGCAAGUUUGCAGAUGUCCUUCUACAACUCAAAGAAGUGUUUAAUUCUAAAGAGCACCAGGACUGUCUGCACCACGCGGUUCACGAGCGUCUGGGGGAGCUCCUCAGGGUCCUAAAGGCCAUCAUCAACAAACACCAGAGUCUGAACUCGGUGGACAUCCUGAGCACAGCAGGAACCGUCAUCGCAUCUGUCAAAGGAGUGAACUUCAAGGAGGUGAACGAGGACAACAAACAGAAAUUAUUCGGAGAGAUCUACACAGCCAUUGAUACAUUGGCCUUCACCUUUGGCAAUGUUGUGUCUGACUUCCUUAUGGGAGAUGUAGAGAAUGGAUCAGUGUUGGGGCUGCCCCUGACUAAAAGAAGGUCUUUUGAAAACCUCUCUGUGGAAUCUGGAGUAUCCGGUCCAGAGAAAGAUGAUCCUCCAGGACCAUCUCCACCAGUCCGACCUGAAGAAGUGGACAAGACUUUGCAGACACAGGACAGCGGGGUGGAGUCUGCUCUACUCUAUGCCAAAGCCUGGUCCAAAUACACCAAGGAGCUGCUGGCCUGGGUGGAGAAGAGGCUCAGUAUGGACAUCGAGUGUGCGAAGAGCUAUGCUAAAAUGGCCGAGUCUGCCAAGACGCUGGCAAGUCAACAGGAAUUCAUGCCAUUUCGUGAGAUCUACACCACUGCCUUCAAGAAUGACAUUGAGUACAGUCAGCUGGUACUGCAAACAGCCGCCAUACUUCAGACCCACAAGUUCAUCCAGCCUCUUGUGGCACGAAAGAAUGAGCUGGACAAACUACGAAAAGAGGUCAAAGAGCAGUGGCAAAGGGAGCUAAAGAAAAUGAAUGAGGCAGACAGUGCACUGAAGAAGGCCCGGCUGCUGCAGGCUCAGCGGCAGGAGGAGUAUGAAAAGGCCAAAGUGUCCACGAGUCGCCUGGAGGAGGAGCAGGGUGGGGCAGGGGGCACCACAGGGGUCAAACAGCUCGAGAAGAGACGCAGACUGGAGGACGAAGCUCUGCAAAAGGCUGAAGAGGCCCGGGAGCACUGCAAAGCCUGUCAGGUGGACGUUGGAGUGAAGAGAGUCGAUUUGGCGAACACCAAAAGUGUGAUCGUCACCCAACUCCGAGAAAUGAUCUCCCAAUGUGACCUCACCCUCAAAGCUGUGACAGUGAACUGGUUCCAGCUUCAGCAGGCCCAGGUGGUGUCUCUUCCGGUCAACCAUCAGAGUCUGUGUGAAAAUGCCAAACUUUACGAGCCUGGGCAGCGCUAUAUUGACUUUGUGAAGAGUUUACCCACCGAUGGACCUCGCCUGGAGUGCCACUCAUUUGACUCAACCAACACACAAAACACUGGUGUUACUUUCAACAAGAGAUCUCUCACUGGCAGCCAUUCGUCCCAUAGUAAUCUGUCCCAGAACUCCGUGACCUCUGACCUCAUCAGUCCAGACGACGUGGACAGUCCCACUAGCGCCCAGCAUCCCAAGAUUGCCGAGAGAAGGUCCAACAGCAGCACAGACAUUCAAGCUCUUCGAAUCCAGACACCUUAUCGCCCCUGGAAUUCGACGAAUCAGGGCGGCGGGAUGUGCAGCGACUCUGAAAGCGCCGGAGGGAGCAGCGAGUCUCGGUCUAUGGACUCCCCAACCGCCAGCCCAGGGGACUUCAAGAGGAGAUUACCCAGAACCCCCUCCACCGGGACAAUGUCAUCCGCUGAUGAUUUGGAUGAGAGAGAGCCACCGUCCCCAUCUGACAACGGCUUGAACGACAUCGUAACAGAGACCGCCAGCUCCCCGGGACCGUUUCGAAAUGCACAGAUGUCCAAAGCAGCCCAAACACACAAACUCCGAAAACUACGCGCUCCCUCCAAGUGUCGAGAAUGUGAUGGCCUGGUGGUGUUUCAUGGGGCAGAGUGCGAGGAGUGCUCAUUGGCUUGCCAUAAGAAGUGUCUGGAAACCCUGGCGAUCCAAUGCGGCCACAAGAAACUCCAGGGAAGACUUCAUCUUUUUGGUAUUGACUUCACACAAGCAGCGAAAAACAGUCCAGGCGGCAUUCCCUUCAUCAUUAAAAAGUGUACUUCUGAGAUUGAGAACAGAGCACUCAAUAUUAAGGGCAUCUAUCGGGUCAAUGGUGCCAAAUCCAGAGUGGAGAAGUUGUGCCAAGCGUUUGAAAAUGGCAAAGAUCUGGUGGAGCUUUCUGAACUCUAUCCACAUGACAUCAGCAACGUACUCAAAUUGUAUUUGAGACAACUUCCAGAGCCGCUCAUCCUGUUUCGCUACUAUAACGACUUCAUCGGUUUGGCCAAGGAGAGCCAGAGGAUCAUAGUGGAGGAGUUGGAGGCUUUGAGGCUCAGUCCUACCCCUGUGCCCCCGUCUCAAGUCAGCGUGGAGCUCAACAGGGUCCUUUUCAAAAUAAAAGACCUUCUCAGACAGCUGCCACCCACGCAUUACAAGACACUGCAGUUUUUGAUAGAGCACUUGCACCGUGUCACAGAGAAGUCCGAAGAAAACAAAAUGACCGCCAGUAACCUCGGUAUCAUCUUUGGCCCCACCCUGAUCAAACCCAGGCAGGCGGACGCAGAGGUGUCCCUGUCCUCCCUGGUGGAUUAUCCGUACCAAGCUUUGAUAGUGGAGAUCCUCAUCCGUCAUUAUCAGAUGGUUUUUGACACCCCCCUCAGCCCCCUGGGGAGCAGCUCACCCAUGGAGAUAAAGGCAAGACCCAGACUAAGUGCAAGGGAGAAGGAACAGCAACUGAGCAGGCAUUCAAAGUCUAUGGGAGACAUCAAGGAGCAAAGCUCCAAGGUCUUCAAGAGGCAUUCCUCCAUCAUUCCCUCUUCACAGCUGCUGGCUGAAGUUCAAGAGAGCAUGCCAAGCCCCGAUGGGAGUGACUUUGAGCCCGCUGACGAGAUGGAUUCCUUCAACGGCGUCCUAUCUUCAAGUGUCCCUGAUGUCCCAAAAGCUCACGGUCUCUCCCGCUCCCAUCAUGUCACUGUUACGAGGGUCCAGCUCCGCCACCAGCGCCACAAGAUCUCCUCUGGAAUCUUGGCUCGCCCUGUUAGCAUGCCCCCCGAACGAAUACAACCAGACGAGAACCUGGAGGAUCGUACCUGCAGCCAGUCUAUUGAAGAAGUGGACGAAAUGGAAACUACGCAGGUCCGGAGUUCUGCUUCUUCGCAUUAUCGUAGGACAUUUAUUGACACUCAAACUUUACGGAGAACUUGGGACAAACAGUACAAGCACCACGAUGUUUCGACUAGGACUGUUAAAAUUGUUGCAACAGAAACCUCGGAUGAGCAAAAGCAGGAUUCAUCACAAACUGUUGGCAUUAUUUACCCAAGUAGACCAUAUUCGAUCGCAGUUCGACCCAAUCGGAGUUUAAAACGAGAGGACAAUGUAAAAGGUAGCCCUAUUUCUGGUGGAUUCAGGGCACCUAGGACAUUACAACCUCCGCCAGGAACUUUUUACAAACCUCCAUCUGUGGCGAAAGUGCUGCAAAAGUUCAACUCAGUAAACAGUGCAGAGGAUGAAGACGAGGAUGACGAUGAUGAUGAGGAGGAAGAGUUAGGUUUGGAGAUUGAGGUGUCUGUGGAUGAGCCUUUAGAGGAGGAAGAGGACACUGAGGGGGACCAAGCGGCCUCUUCAGAGUCUUUAAGUCCAAGUCCGGAGGAGCUAGGUCCAAACCAGACCAAACCGGUUUAUCCAAGACUCCGGACAAGAAGGUUACAGGAAGUAGAGCACAGGGAGGCGCAUUUUGUGUGAUCGAAAAUGGACUUUAUGGACAGUUUGGGAAUACGCUGUCUUGCCCAUCAAGUUGGAAUACUUUUGAAUUGCGUACAUCUCCCUAUAAUCACAAAACAUUGGAAAGGGUUUAAUCUGGACUGGUUUUUAGUUGAGUACUUUCAAUCUACAAGGUAAUUUUUCAUUUAUCUUGAAUAGUCUUGAAAUGUCAAAUUAAAAUCCAAGUACAGAUAUCUAGACAACCAUAUAAGAGAUUUUGUGGUUUUCAGUUUAGGUCCUCAUUUAUCCACACCAGUAUUUAUCAUUAAACAUUUUUGGCAAUUCAUGACAAAAAAACAAGUAAAAACAUUUAUUCCAACUUAAAGGUGCGCUACAUAACAGUUCUAGUGCUUGCGUCCAUGGAAAUGUUAUUGCUUUGUCUAGAAUAUUCUACAGUAUAGAUUCAAUUUACCUAUCACAAGAGAGAUAAGCAGGUUACAGUGUUACGCUACUUUACAAUUCAGAUCUGUGGAGAGUUGCCCCUGUUCACAGAAGGAAUUGUUGUAUUUUUGAGUGAUGGAAACACAAUUAAUGUUAGAGGGGUAUGUUUUAUGUUAUACCAGCAAACAUUCAAGGCAAAUCAGUAACUCUACAUGGAGACAAGUAGAUGGCAGAUCCUCCACCAGAAAAGUUGCGCAGUGCACCUUUAAUGGGCAACAGUGCAUAGUAUUAUCAUGAUGGAAAAGGCCAGAUAAACUGUGGGCAUUGUGUUAUGUGUAAAUAUUGUAUCAUUGGUUCUCGAGAGACAAGAUGCACUUAUUAAGCUGAAACUUUAACUCUAUCCAUUUCAUUACCAAUCAUUUGUUACAUUACACACACUGGCACAUUGACUGUCAGCAUAUUUAUAAUCCUUUUUUUAAUGACCUGUGCAAUUACUUUUUAUUGUAUCAAUAUUUUGUGUAAAAGCUCACUGGUUUUAUGAUAUUUUGUUUAUAUACCAAAAAGUAUGUUUGAAUCAUCAGAGUAGAGCAUGUAGCUGUAAUGUAAUGUAAAAUAUGAAAACAUGUUCACUGCACUUACCUGCCAUACUUUUCCAAUAGUAUUUUUAACUGUUACACCUGGAUUACAUCAAAACAUUUUAUAGCAUUUUGUUGAGUUAGUUUCAUGUUAAGGAACAAGCAUAAGGCAUUAUAAUUCAUACAUUAUUUUUUAUUGUUGAACUUGUAAAUCAGCUAAAACUGAACAAGCUUUGUAGAACUGCCAAUGGGCUUCAUCUGCACAUUUUUACACAUUUGUAGCCAAAGUUUUUUUUUUUUUUUUUUUUACUGCGUUCAACACUAGUUUUACAACACAAACCUUACAGAUUUUUGUAAGUAAUCUCAAGUACAAUAUUUGUUUUAUUGCUGAUGAUUUUUUAAAAGAAAUUGUUCAAGCUUUGGCCGAAUGUUAAAAUGUUCUAUGUAAAAACAGGUACAUGAAAAUAUACACCCUUUUGUAACUUAUUAAAAAAGGCUUUGACUAA